UCUGAUUUGUUUAAUUUUGCGAGGAGCCAGAUCGAAGCCGGUGCUAAAAUGAGCGGGGAUCACCAUACAUAUAUUCGUGGAAUUGAUAAUAGGGGCCAAGCAAAAAUAAACAAUCGCCCAGAAGCAGCAGCACCACCAGUCGAAACCGGUCUCGAAUUGAGAUAGACACCCAGGCUGAGUCAGAGGCUUCAGAAUCGUGCAAAAAAAGAGACUAUUGAGGACUUAGAAUGCCAGGAUUGUGCAUUGGAAUUCUCCUUCUAAUCACUAUUGGUAAUAUUAAAGCAUAUAAGACGCCAACGCCCAAGGUGGAGCUACUGGAAAAUGGAUUUCGUAUCUCUAUACCAGAUGAGAAUGGGGUCAAACUGGUGGCUUUUAAUGCCAAUCGCAACAAAAACUUCACAUCCUUCAAUCAAGGACAGUACACUAUGAGGCUGACUGAGCCCCAGAAUGGAAGAUGGACAAGUGAGUUUAUCUCCGUGCCUUUAAGGGCUCACGAUGUCCUGUAUCUGUGGACGAGUGUUCAGCACGAAAAAGCCGUGUACCAGGACAUGGGUCAGCCCCUGCAGGUUUGCAAUCUCGAAGGAAACUUUCUCCCGAGAGGAUGUACCUCCCAAGAGGAUGACGAUCCAACAGAUGGUAAUCCAUCGAUCAACGGUGAGGGAUUUGUGGAGUCUACAUCACCUGCAUCUUGCCAGCCAUCUUCAACACGGGUCUCACCCGCUCCAAGUUCACCCAUCUGCAGAGGACAACUCAUUUUUCAGGAGAUUUUCGAUCAGCUUAACGAUUCUCUUUGGCUACAUGAAGUUCGCCUGCCGCUGGACACCAAAGAUGCUGAAUUUGUCUUGUACGAUGGAAGAGCCAGAGUGGAGGAGGGCAACCUGGUGAUUGAACCUAAGCUGUGGUCUAGCUAUCGCCCGGAUUUGUCCAUAGCCAAUGCCAGGCUGGAUCUCUCCGAGAGGUGCACUGGUACCCAUAACAGACGCCGAGAGUGUGUGCUGCAAACCACCGGAAGUGGUCCCAGUGGCAUAAUGCCGCCUAUAGUGGUACCUCGUAUUAACACCAAGGAAUCCUUCGCCUUCCAAUACGGACGCAUCGAAAUACGGGCAAAAUUUCCGAAAGGGGAUUGGGUCGUGCCUCUCCUGUUGCUGGAGCCUCUUACCGAAUGGUAUGGCCAAACGGGCUAUGAAUCCGGACAGCUCCGAGUGGCUUUUGCCAGGGGCAACACCAAGUUGAAGAUGCCGCGUGGAAAGCUCGUCGACGGUAGAACCCUGUACGGGGGACCCAUUCUCUCCACAGAUGCCCAGCUCAGGGAGGAUAACCUGGUCAGUCAGCGGAGGAGCUCUCACUUUGGCAACGACUUCCACACAUAUAGUAUGGACUGGAGCAGCUCUAGGCUGCAAUUUUCAGUUGAUGGCCAGAUCUACGGAGAGAUGCUGAACGGCUUUGCUGAACUGGAUCUAAAUCCCAGGUGGAAGCAGGGUGGUUCUAUGGCUCCAUUCGAUAAGAUGUUUUACAUCACUUUGGGUCUCUCUGUGGGUGGAUUCGGUGACUUUGUUGACAACCUGAAGACUUCGUCGUACGAGAAGCCUUGGAGAAACUAUGAUCCUCUUGCGAAGAUCGAGUUCCAUGGACACGAGAGCGAUUGGCUACCAUCCUGGGAGCAGCCCGCAAUGUUGAUUGAUUUCAUUCGUGUGUAUGCAAACUAGAUCAGCAUGGGUAAAUUUUAUUAUAAAUUCGAAUAAAAUAAAAUCGAAAUUAAGUGGAAAAGUCACGAACUGAUAACCUUAAAAUGUGUGUUUAAUAAAAGCCUAUUUAAUUACA